GGAGUUUAAUCGGCUCCGCUUCGCUCCUCCUCCUCCAGUUUGCCAUCUACACUCGGAAUCUCUGCGCGUCUACAGGUUGCGCGCUCUGGAAAGUCAAAGGAUUGGUUUAAAACACACGCAACAGGUUAUAAGUGCGCUAAUGAAUCCGAGAGCUAUCUCAAGAGGGAGAAAUGUGGGAACAAAAUAAUUAAAUAUACCAGCGAUAACAUUUCAGUCAUCAACUAUUUGGAUUGGCUCAUUUGUAUUAGCGUGAAACUCUGCGCGAAAGUUCAUCAUGGUUUCUUUGCUGGAUUUAUGCGCUCUUGUUUUGUCGCUGGUUUGGGGAUAUUGCGUCCUGGCAGACACGGGCUUUACAAACUUUACUCUGGACAACGAGGUCCACUCUAGUUUCAUCCACCGGCGCUUGAAGAGCCAGGAGCGCCGGGAGAUGCAGCGGGAGAUCCUGUCAAUCCUCGGGUUACCGCACCGGCCACGGCCGCACCUCCACGGCAAGCACAACGCCGCGCCGAUGUUCAUGCUGGAUCUGUACAAUGCCAUGUCCACUGAGGGAGACGAGGAGGGCUUCUCGUACCCCUACAAGCCUGUUUUCACCACCCAGGGACCGCCGAUCGCGACCCUUCAGGACAACAACUUUCUGAACGACGCGGACAUGGUCAUGAGUUUUGUUAAUCUAGUUGAACACGAUAAGGAGUUUUUACCCGUGAGGCGCCAUCACAGAGAAUUCCUAUUUGACCUGUCCAAGAUUCCGGAGGGUGAAGCGGUGACUGCUGCAGAGUUCCGCAUUUACAAGGACUUCAUUCCGGAGCGCUUUGACAAUGAGACCUUCCGCAUCAGCGUCUACCAGGUGCUGGAAGAACAUUCGGACAGGGAUUCAGAUUUGUUCCUGCUGGACUCGCGGGUGAUCUGGGCAGCAGAAGAGGGUUGGCUGGUGUUCGACAUCACAGCCACCAGUAACCACUGGGUGCUGAACCCGGGCAUGAAUCUGGGCCUGCAGCUGGCUCUGGAAAGUUUGGAUGGUCAGAGCACGAACCCAUGGGUGGCGGGGCUGGUGGGCCGAAGCGGACCCCAGAGCAAACAACCCUUCAUGGUGGCCUUCUUCAAAGCCACAGAGGUCCACAUCCGCAGCAUCCGCUCCCCACAUGGUGGCAACAAGCAGCGCAAUCCCAACCGCUCCAAAACCACCAAGGGCCAGGAGGCACUGCGUGUAGCCAAUAUCGCAGAGAACAGCAGUGCUGAUCAGAAGCAGGCCUGUAAGAAACAUGAGUUGUACGUUAGUUUUCGAGACCUUGGAUGGCAGGAUUGGAUUAUAGCUCCUGAAGGAUACGCUGCAUAUUACUGUAUGGGAGAAUGUGCCUUUCCUCUCAAUUCCUACAUGAACGCCACAAACCAUGCCAUCGUACAGACUUUGGUUCACUUCAUCAACCCCGACAUGGUUCCAAAACCAUGCUGCGCCCCUACACAACUCCACGCCAUCUCCGUCCUGUAUUUCGACGACAGCUCCAAUGUCAUCCUGAAGAAAUACCGCAACAUGGUGGUCAGAGCGUGUGGCUGCCACUAGAGUCCUAUCUCACACACACACACACACACACACACACACACACACACACACACACACACACACACACACACACACACACACACACACACACACACACACACACACACACACACACACACACACACACACACACACACACACAAUCUGACUGCUCCUCAUUUGCUUAUUAAAAGGACAAGUUUCCAGCAAAACCAUAUGAAGAUCUCAGGCCAGUUCCAGGAUUUUGUUUACCAUGGACAAUGUGCAAAAUUAUAUAUAUGUACAACAAUUAACAUUUUAAAUAUUGCAAAAAAAGUGAAAGGAAAUUUCCUCAAAUUACUUCUCUCUUACACAAACACCAACAUAUGUAUGCACACAUAUACAUGCUCACAUGUACACACUUCUAUAUGAUAUUUGUGCUUUCUACUGUGUAAAUAGUUUUUCAAUGAAACAAAAGUGUAUUUAUUUUCCUGUUCUUCCAACAUGGAGUCUAAA